AUGGAAGAAUGUGAGGUGCGCGCGCGCACGUCGGCCGGCUGGGUGUGCGGCGCGCGCCGCUGGUCCGAGUACGGCGGGGUCUACUACGCCAGCUUCAGGGGCGUGCCCUACGCUCGGCAGCCGCUUGGAGAGCUGAGGUUUAAGGAGCUGCAAGCACCAGAAUCGUGGGACCAUCUGUUGGACGCAACGAACGAAGGUGAUAUAUGUCCGCAGACAGAUGUGUUAUAUGGCCCGUUGAUGAGGCCGCGAGGCAUGAGCGAGGCGUGCAUCCAUGCCAAUAUCCACGUCCCGAUCUCGGCUCUGCCUCGUGAAAGCCAAGUUAAUUCGUCAGUAGAAGAAGCGCCGAACAACGCGACUGGCCUCUCGAUCCUGGUGUUCAUCCACGGUGGAGUCUUAGCGUUCGGUUCCGGAGACUCCGACCUCCACGGACCCGAGUAUCUUGUCAGUCAUGGGGUCAUUGUCAUCACCUUCAAUUACAGAUUGAAUGUAUUCGGCUUCCUGUCUCUGAACUCAACCAAAAUCCCGGGCAACAACGGUCUGCGCGACAUGAUCACACUCCUGCGCUGGGUGCGCGAUAACGCGCGCAACUUUGGCGGCAACCCUGAUGACGUCACACUCGGCGGACAGAGCGCCGGCGCAGUCUCCGCGCAUCUGCUCACUCUGUCGCCUGAGGCGCAAGGACUUUUCAAAAGAACAAUCUUGAUGAGCGGGACAGCCAUGCCCGUCUUCUUCACAACGUCACCGUUAUACGCGCAAUCCAUGGCUAACGCGUUUAUCACAGGCCUCGGCAUUAACUCCACCGACCCCGACGACAUCCACCAGCAGCUCCUCAAAAUGCCUCUGGAGAAAAUAAUGGAGAUGAAUAAAUUGCUCCAAGACCAGAAUGGCUUAGGGGUCUUUUAUCCUGUCGUUGAAUCCCGUCUCCCAGGAGUCAAACGAAUUCUUUCUGAUGAUCCCGAACUUUUAUUACAAAACGGCACCGGCAACGAUAUACCACUGCUUUUGGGUUUCACGGACGUCGAAGCCGAGACUUUCAGGAAGAGGUUCGAGGAGAUUGAUAUGGUAUCGAGGAUCAACGAUAACCCACUGGUAGUGGUGUCGCCGACGGUGACAACUUCGGUGCCAACGCAGGUAGCUUUCGCUCGUGCUAUGCAAAUCGAGCAGAGGUACUUUAACGGCACGCCGAGUAUGGAUCAGUAUGUGAAGUUGGUUACGGAGCAGUUCUUCCACUACACGGCAUUAAAGGUGGCCGACUAUCGGUCGCGGACCGACGGCGCGCCGGUUUUCCUGUAUCAGUUCCCGUACGACGCCGAUUUUAGUCUGCUGCGGACAGCGCUGGGUGUCAACUACACGGGUGCUGCCCAUAUAGAGGACAUGACCUACUUGUUCCACUGUAACUCCGUGCGUGUGCCUUACAGUGACAGCGACUACGACAUGAAGCGGCUCAUGAAUCAAUACGUCGUCAACUUCAUGCGGUAUAGCCACCCAGCACCCGAUUCCUCGUGGCAGCCGGUGGACCGCGACGGGAUUCGAUACCUGGAGCUACACUCGGCCGCGGUGCAACACUUGGCUGAGCUCACACCGGACCAGCGUAGCAUGCUCGAUUUCUUCGACGGUAUCAUGGCUCGGGACCAAAUAGCCGUAUAA